AUCACGUGGUGCGAAGCACGCAGUCGCCUUCUGUCCGUUGGUCCUGGAGCGGCGUAGCCGGAGCGGGGCCGUGAGAACUCCCAGAUGUAUGUUAUGUUGGAGAAACAAAUGGUAUAGACACAGAAGAGAACCUCUCAGGAGAAGAAAAGCAACCUUGUUGAUGACCCAAAAUGACAAAGCAUCCACCAAACAGAAGAGGGAUCAGCUUUGAGGUGGGAGCACAGUUGGAGGCCCGUGACAGAUUAAAAAACUGGUAUCCAGCUCAUAUACAGGAAAUUGACUAUGAAGAAGGGAAAGUACUCAUCCAUUUCAAACGUUGGAAUCAUCGUUAUGAUGAAUGGUUCUGCUGGGACAGUCCUUAUUUACGUCCAUUAGAGAAAAUACAGUUAAGGAAAGAAGGGUUACAUGAGGAAGAAGGAUCUUCUGAAUUUCAUAUAAACGAGCAAGUACUUGCUUGUUGGUCUGAUUGUCGGUUUUACCCAGCCAAAGUUACUGCUGUUAACAAGGAUGGUACUUAUACUGUGAAAUUUUAUGAUGGAGUAAUUCAGACUGUCAAACAUAUUCAUGUCAAAGCUUUUUCCAAAGAUCAGAAUAUCGUGGGCAAUGCCAGGCCGAAAGAAAAAGAUAACGAAAGUCUUUCAUCUCCUGAUAACCGAGAGAAGUUUAAAGAGCAGAGAAAAGCACCUGCUCAUGCUAAGAAGGACAAAGAUGACAAAACUUUAAAGGCUGAAAAGAGACCCAGACAGCCUGACAGAGAAGGAAAGUUAGUCAGUCCUGAGAAAGGUCUCCCAAAGAAUGAGAAAGAAGACAAGGAGAAUAUUUCAGAAAAUGAGAGAGAAUAUUCUGGGGAGACCCAGGCAGACAAGAAGCCUGAGAAUGACAUUGUGAAGAGUACACAGGAAAAUCUAAGGGAGCCCAAAAGAAGGCGAGGCCGGCCCCCUUCCAUACCUCAGUCUGAGCCAAAUUCCCAAACUUUGCAACCGAUAACAUUGGAAUUAAGACGCCGGAAAAUAUCAAAAGGAGCUGAAAUCUCACUAAAGCGCCCCAGGCUUGAAAAAAAUUCAUCUCAGGAAAAGUCAAAAACCUACCCAGAAAACAAUGACAAAGACUUGACCAGGAGACGAUCAUCAAGGCUUUCUAAUAGUGGAAGCCAUGAGAUCCUAGAUGCAGAGUUAGUCAUAUCAAAUGUGGUUGAUAGUGCUCCUUCAGAAGAUGCCCUGCCUCUUGCCAAGGAAUCAGAAGAAGGUCAGUUAGAAUCUCCUGUCCAAUCUGAUAAAAGCUUAUCUGAACUAACACACCAGUCCUUUGUGGAUGGAUUGGAGACCACAGCAUUUGAUUUGAAUUGCAAUUCAAUGGAAGAUAAAGCUGUAGACACUGAACUAUCCUCUUCACUUGCUGAAUUGAAAGAGAUUUCUGCUGUAACAGUAACAAAUACUUUUAAGAGAGAUGAGUUUGUUACUUCAAAAGCUCCUACUGUCGACCUAGACCACAAGUUUAGAUGCACGUUCAUGGACUGUUUAAAAUUCUUCCGGAAAGCUAAACUCCUGCACUAUCACAUGAAAUAUUUCCAUGGAGUGGAGAAGACGCCAGAAGCUGAGGAGAGUUCAGUGAAGAGGCACGUCCAAACAAGAGGUUCUUUAGCCUCUGAAAAGUCCAGUCAGGAUGGACUCACCAGAAAGCGGAUCACCUCUGGUUCCUUGGCUGUAAAAGACAAGGAAAAGAACAAAGAAAAGAAGUUCAGAGAAUUUGUAAGAUUAAAGUCGAAGAAAAAAAAGAAAAAGAAAAAGAAAUCUAAGCCUGAAUACUCUUGCAGCGAAGAUACUAGUGAUGUUUCCCAAGAGUGUUCGUCUCCCAAGCUGUUUGCUGUUACUAGGUGUAGUUCCUCAAAUAAAUCUGGUACUCCCCUGAGUACAUUGGUCCAUAGCUCUGAUUCUGGAAAUCACCGAGAAAGAGGAAAAAUACCUGAAGAAGAUAAUGUGAGUGACUCUUCUUCAGAGAGUUUUUUCUGGAGUGAUGAAGACUGUAGCCAUGAUAUUGAUGUGACCACUAAUCCAGAUGAUGAUCCUGAUGGAGAAGAAAACUUUGACUUUGAAAUUGUCCGGUGUAUUUGUGAGGUCCAGGAAGAAAAUGACUUUAUGAUUCAGUGUGAAGAAUGUCAAUGCUGGCAGCAUGGAGUGUGCAUGGGUUUGCUAGAAGACAACGUGCCUGAGAAAUAUACCUGCUAUAUUUGCCAAGAUCCUCCAGGUCAGAGACCUGGUGUAAAGUACUGGUAUGAGAAGGAAUGGUUAAGUCAUGGCCACAUGCAUGGUUUGGCAUUUUUAGAAGAUAAUUAUUCCCAUCAGAAUGCCAAGAAAAUAGUUGCCACUCACCAGCUUCUUGGUGAUGUGCAGAAGGUGAUAGAAGUUCUACAUGGACUGCAACUAAAGAUGAGAAUUUUACAGAGCAAAGAGCACCCUGAUUUGCAGCUGUGGUGUCAGCCUUGGAAGCAGCACUCCGGGGAUGAGAAGUCUCAUCCCAAGCAUGUCCUUCACCUUGAAGAUAAGAGGAAGGAAGAUGUGCCGAGCUAUAGAACUUUCAGUGGGACAGUAGAAAAAACACUGCCCUUUCCUUCCAUGGAAGAGUCUUAUAUCACCAGUGAACACUGCUAUCAGAAACCCCGAGCCUACUAUCCUGCUGUAGAACAGAAGCUGGUAGUAGAGACCCGAGGGUCAGCUAUGGAUGAUGGUGUUAACCCCAUACGGGAGAAUGGGGAUGAUGUGUUAUCAGAAAGGUUUGGGUGGGAAUUAGAUCAAGAAAAAAUCAAGCUGCAGAAUGAAUUGAGACAUACUUACUCAAAGGUAAGGGAGUGUGCUUCUAAAAAGGCCCCCUCAGAGGAAGCCCCCACACUGAAGCUGUUGGAAAAAGACAGGGAGGGAAUGGUGAAUGCUCAACUCCAGUGGCAGUUUAACCUGCUCACACAUGUGGAGUCUCUGCAGGAUGAAGUCACACACAGGAUGGAUUCCAUCGAGAAGGAGCUGGAUGUUCUGGAAAGCUGGUUGGAUUACACAGGAGAACUGGAGCCACCAGAGCCAUUAGCCAGACUCCCUCAGCUCAAGCAUUGCAUAAAGCAGCUCCUGACGGACUUGGGAAAGGUGCAACAGAUUGCGCUUUGUUGUUCCACAUGAGACUGACCUGAGCACUGCCCAUUCACCAUCACUGGGAUAUCUGUAGGAGGCUCUUUGUAUAUUUAAACAAAACUAGAAUACUGAAUGCAUGGAACAUGGAUUGACUUCAGGGAUCCAGGCAGAGUGUGGUGGACACAAAGCAGGUACCUUACUCACAUCAAGGCUCCUGAAAGCAUGGUGUUCCAGUCUACACAGGCUUCAAGAGCAGGAAGGCAAAGAAGAAAUGUUAGGAUUCCCUCCUUACAUAUAAAUUGUUGAAAAGAAUAAUUCUUUUUUUUGCACAAACUUCACUUUAAAUCGUGCCACUGAUAAAAGGGUAAGAGCCAAAAAUGUUUGUUUGAAAAUGGUUGUAAAUCCCAUUCUGCAGUUUAUUUAAUUGACUUGUGUUUCAGAUUGGAUCAUAAUAGCCUUCCUGGUUUCUGUCUCACUAUUUAAUCAGUGGGAGUUGUAUUUUUGAGCUUUGUGAGAAUGUUCUUUUUAUGACUUAACUGUUAUAUGGAGGUUAAAUAGGACAGGCCCAAAGCCUGCACCAACUACUCUAGAUUGCUACAAUAAAUGACCAUUUGGGCUGUAGUCACCCCCUAGUAAAUGACUGUUUUAGUUCAUGUCUCUAGCAUGAAUGACUUACUAUAUGGUACUUAAGAAAAUCAACUUAAUCUGAGCUUGUUCAGUUCCCAAACCCAGGUUGUACCUGGUUUUUUGCUUGCAUUAGGGCUAACAGGCUCCUUGGGGAGGAGCUGGGGUCUCACUGCAUGUGACCUAUGUUAGGUAUUCCAAAUUGUAGCAAGGUCUGUAACCCAGGGCAGUGUUUUCUAUCUACCUUGUUAAUAUUUGAUAGUUCCUGUUCAAUUUUGAAAUGUAAAUUUUUUUUCAAGGCUAUAAACUUACUGUAAAGAUUCGUUACAAAAAUGAUGCUCUUUGGGGAGUCAGCUUAUUUUAUAUAUUGGAAGAACUUGGACCCUAUGCACCCUACAUAAGCCUCCCCAGAGAUUCACCUUUAAUAGUGUUUCCAGAUACUCCACAACCCUUCUUCCCUUUUUAGAGAAGCAAUUCUUUUGUUUGUUUGUUUUUUGCAGGGCAGUGAGGGUUAAGUGACUUGCCCAGGGUCACACAGCUAGUAAAUGUCAAGUAUCUAAGGUCGGAUUUGAACCCAGGUACUCCUGAAUCCAGGGCUGAUGCUUUACCACUGCGCCAUCUAGAUGCCCCCUCCUUCUUCCCUUUUUUUUAAAAAAAAAUUACUGCAACAUUAAUUUCUAGGUAUGUCUUAUUUUGUGAGAUCAAGGUGAUUAUGCUGCCUAAAUUCAGGUACAAUUCCAUUUAGUACCUUUGAGAAUGUUGUGUUUGUAUUACUUUUGCAGCCAUCAAUAACAGUCCUUAUAUCUAAUUGUGUUCCCUAUGGUGCAGUGCACGGGAAUCUUCUUGUGCUUUUAGAUCUUCUUUUCCCCACUGUUAGUUUUGCUCAUGAUUAUACCACUUAGACAUCAAAAGCACACUUGUCCAUUAGCAUUUGAGUUAAUUAAUGGUUUAUGAAUCUGUAAUAUUAUAUGCUGCAAAUAUUUACUAUGUAAACUUGAAAUAGUCAACAUCUUAAUAGGAAUGGUAAGAUCUGCAAUGAACCUUUGGGAAAGGUCCAGAUUAUUUAACAUUGGAAAUGAGGGCCUUGGGAAGGAUGUUUCUUAAUUCACAGUAAAAUAAGUAUGGAAGCUGUACAGCAGAGAAUCUCAGUGCCUGCGACACUUGGAAUAAAGCUCAUAUGACUCUGCUUUUAAAAGUCUUUCCCAUUACUAAUGCUGCUGUAUGAAGAAAUGCUUAUUUAGUAUAUUAAUGACAUUUAAAUUAUAAUUAACUGGACAGCUGUUUCAAAACCAAGAUGACUAAAAGGAAAACAAAAUGAACAGCUGUUUUCAGAGAUUUCUUUUGCAAAGUUCCAUCAUAAUACCAAAUAUGGGUUAUUUAGAGGCCUCAUUAGUAAGCUAACAUUGAAGGUAGUUAAUUGGAUUGAAACGGGUUAGAUUUUUUUUACAGAGCUGGGAACAGAAAUGAAGAAUUCCUGUUGAAUUCUGCCAAGUGGCCAUUUUUGCUUUAUUCUGCUGAAUAAUUUUGAAAGGAAGUAAAAUUCCAUUUCAUUUAAUUCUGUUUGUCAAGUAGGAAGGUCUUCCUGAGAAGAGGCAACAAAAGCAAGGUCUUCUUAGAGGGAUUUUACUCACCUGAAGACUUACAGUAGUAUAUCAUCCCUUCUCAAGUUUCCUUUGGAAGAGGGUUCUGUUUUAUUAUGUGUACAGGGAUAAGGGCCUCCAUCCCUCAAAUGCUGGACCAAGCUUCGUUAAUCUAAAGUUGGAGCACUGGAAACAAUUACUGCUGUUACCCGUAGCUAUUGUACAUUACCUAAAUUUGAGUUUUGUCUCUUUGGAUGAAAGCUAUCCUCCUACUAAAAUUGCCUUGGCAGAAGCAGUUCUGGUUUGACUAAAUUUUCUUUCUUUAAAUCAGUGAUGGGUGAAUACAAGGUAGAACCUUGAUAAGAUGAGCCAACAUUGCACUGUGGAGAUGUAACUGUUUGUUUACGCACUAUUAGAAUGGAGGGCACUGUAUAUAGAUGUUUUGCUUUGGAGCAAUAUUUACAAAACAUGCAAACCUCUUUAUCUGUGUUUGGAAAAAAUAAAUAGGUUUUUGUUGUUUUA